AUGAAAAUUGCAUAUUUAUUGUUGUGCUUGGUUGUCAUCUAAGGAAUAGAAUUCGAAUCACUUCAAAAGGCGAUUGACUUUGAUCCUGCAUCAAUAGACUCUCCUAAUUGUAAAACAGAUGAUGAAUAUACAAACACUUAUGAAGCAUUCUUCCCUUGGAUUACUAUCUUAGAAGAAGGUGAGGUUGAAAUGCAAGAAGAUCACAGUGUUCUAUCUUAGGCGAAAGAGAAGAUCAUCUAGGCUAGGGAAUUUAUUGAAAGUUUGGAUGAAGAACUCCAAUAAGAGAAAGAAAAAGAACCUGAGAAUUAGACAAAUGAAAGUAGCUCUUAGGUUCAAGAUGCUUAAACAGAAAAAACUGGAGAAGCAGUAGAAGAAUAAGUAAAGCAAGAGGAAAAAGUGGAUGAAGAUGAUGAAGAGGAUCCUUUUGGGUGGGGAACAGGUGAAAUUCCUUAGCUUUUAGUCCAUAAGAAAGAGAGAAAAGCUCAUAAGAAUACACAUGCAUUUAUUCAAAUAAUGAAUGGAAAUAAGUUAUCUAAAUUCAAGAGCAAAAUCAGUAAGCUAAUUUCAAUGGCAACUGAAAUGUAGGAUAAUCAGGAUGAGGAUGCUUAGAAAAGAAGACAAAGAAAACUUGAAUUAUGUGAUGAAAUUAUAGAUGAGUUAACAGAUAUGAUAUUAUUUUUGGAAAAAGUGAUGAAUGAUUAUGAUUAUUAAAACGAAAUCUAUGAAUUAUUUAAGAAAAAGUAACAAUAGAUUUAAGAAGUCGCCACUAAUUGCGGUCAAAGAGUAAUUAGUUAUUAGGAUGUCAGUUUGAUUGAGGAGAAGAAAUCCUAAGAGAAAAAAAAAAUAUAGCAUCAAAUAAAAUCUAAGAGAAGAAAUCCAGUUAGUUUUUUGCAAAUUGUUAUUGAUGAUGAAGAAAGUUAAUAACACCAACUAGAAUACUAAAAAUAAAUAUUGUAGAGUUAAGGAAUGUUGGGAUUCUUGAGAGCAUCUGGAAAAUAAGUAAAAUUGAUAUAAUGA